UUGUGGAAACCGAGACAUCAAACAUGGCGGGCUCAGUCGGCGAUUUGACCGAAGAGAUGGACACUGAUCCCGAAAAUAAUGCCGACGAGCCGAUGCAAGAUGAAAGUUCCGACUCAGACAGCGACGUUAAUGAGGACACCGAAGAAGAGAAGCAUAUUUUGGAGCUUGAAGACAAGAUCAAGAGCAACCCUUUCCACUACGACAGUCAUAUGGAGUUCAUCGGGUAUCUUCGCAAGACGGGAAACCUUGACAAACUUCGAGAAGCUAGGGAGGCUAUGGCCAAGAUUUUCCCGUUGACACCAGAGCUGUGGUUGGAUUGGAUUAAGGAUGAGUCCAAGCUCUGCGAAAGCGACGAAGAUAAGGAAAGGGUGAUCCUGCUGUUCGAGCGUGCUGUGAAGGACUAUUUGUCGGUGGCCCUGUGGCUAGAGUAUGCCCAGUUCUCCAUAGGGCUGAUGGGGUCCGAAGGGGGCCUGGACCGCGUGCGGAGCGUCUUUGAGAGGGCCAUCACGGGAGCCGGCCUGCACGUGUCCCAGGGGGCCCUGCUGUGGGAGGCCUAUCGGGAGUUUGAGGCCGUCCUGCUGGCCACCAUGCAGCCGAGUGCGGAAGAGGGCGGCUCAUCAAGCGACCAACGGGACCAGUUUGUGAGCCAGAGGAACCGAGUGUACAACCUCUACAAGCGGCAGCUUUCCGUGCCACUCUUUGGCAUGGAGAAGACCUACGAGGAGCUGAGGGAGUGGAGCGAGGCUGCCAUCGAGGCCUCCGUGGAGCAGCAGUACAAGAAGGCCAAGCUGCGCCUUGACAAGAUCCAGAAGUAUGAGACAGAUCUGCUGGUUGGUGAGGGUACCCCGGCGCUGUCUACCUACCUGAGCUACCUGGACUUUGAGGAGGCCCAGGGAGACCCCACCCGCGUCCAGAGCCUUUACGAGCGUGCCAUCUCGGACCACUGCCUGGUGCCGGAGCUCUGGGAGCGCUACAUGGCGUACCUGGACACCAAGCUGAAGGUGGACGCGGUGUCUCUCCCGUGCCACGAGCGCUCUGUCCGCAACUGUCCCUGGUCCUCCUCCCUGUGGGUCUCCCACCUGAAGGCCCUGGAGAGGAGUCACAGCCCUCACCAGAAGCUCACCGAGGCCAUGGAGCAGGCUCUGGGGGCAGGCUUUGGUCAGGGCCAGGACUACCAGAAGCUCUGGCUCACUUACCUGGACUACCUUCGACGGAGGGUGGACUGGUCACAGGGAGAUUCUUCGGAGGCUCUGCGAGACCUGCGAAGAGCAUUUGAAAAGGCUGUAGAACACCUGGUACAAUACCAGGAAGAGACUGACCUUUGUUCACCCAUUCUCAAGUACUGGGCCAAGGUUGAGGCUAAGUUUUGUGACAACCUUCCCAAGGCCAGGGAGCUGUGGAACGAGGUCACUCAUCAGGGAAGGGCUACCGAUGCCCAGACAUGGCUGGACUUUGCAAACUUCGAGAGGGCGUUUGGCGACGACAAGCACUUGAGGAAGACGCUGAUGCGGGGAAUGUAUGCUGCUGUGGAUUGGCCAGAGACCCUGGGGGACAUGCUUCUCAACUUUGAGAGGGAGGAGGGCACAUUGGAAACUUUGGAUGUGGCCACAGAGAAGUAUGAUGCCCACAUUCGGAGGGUCUUAGAAAAGAGAGAGAAAGUGGCUCAGAAGGAGGCUCAGAAGGAGGCUGAGCAACAGGAGCAAUUGAAGAGCACGCGGGCAGAAAAGAAGGCAGAGCGCAAAGCAGAGAAGAAGGCCGAGCGCAAGGCAGAAAAGCUGCGUCAGGACCAGAAGGCGCAAGAGGCGCACGAGGGAGAUCAGGCGUCCCACAAGCCCAAGGUGUUCAAGAGGAAGGCACCCACAGCCCAGGGAGAAGAGCACAAGACAGACUCGGAUGGAUUCAAGGUCCCCACUUUGCCCAACUCAAACGAUACGGAAGGAGGCACCGACGGACCACCUUCCAAGAAAUCUAAGGGGGAAGAGAAAGAAGGGGCCGUGCACGGAGAGACGGUGGAGCCAGAUCCCCUGAGGGACAUCCGGACAGUUUUCCUGAGCAAUCUGGCGUACGAUGUCCAGGAUGAUCAGCUGACAGAGAUCUUCAAAGAGGUGGGCACCAUUGAGGAGCUGCGCCUCGUAAGGGACUACAAGGGCCGCUCCAAGGGCUUUGGCUACCUGGUGUUUGCAGACCAGAGGGACGUCGACGCAGCCCUGGCAAAGGACCGUACGCCCGUGGCUGGACGUCCCGUGUUCGUCUCCAGGUGCAACGAAAGGACCCAGUUCAAGUUCCAGACUGGCUUGGAAAAGAACAAGCUGUUUGUCAGGGGCAUUCCCUUCUCCAUGGACGAGAAAGGGCUGGAAGAGAUCUUUGGAAAGUACGGAGACCUGAAGCAGAUCCGGAUUGUCACAUACCGCAACGGGCACUCCAAAGGCAUUGCUUACGUUGAGUUUACCAAUGAGACGUCUGCUACAGUGGCGCUGGUGCAGACGGAUGGCAUGCAGCUCGGCAAGCACACGCUGCAGGUGGCCAUCAGCAACCCUCCGAGCAGGGGACCCCGCAACCAGAACCCUCAGGAUUCCCAUGGAGGGCCGAGGCCAGUUCCGGUCGCCUCCCUCGGUGGGGGUCCGAAGGAAACUGGCCUGAGAGGUCGUAGUCGCACCCAGGUAUCCCUCAUGCCCAGGGCGUUGCAGCGCCCUCAGCCGCAGAAGCCACAGCCGCAGGUCAAAGGAGAGACAGUGCCAAAGGACGCUCUCCCAGAGACCAAGGGCCUGAGCAACGCAGAUUUCAGGAACCUGCUCCUCAAGAAAUGAGCUUUUGCUUUAAAUUACCAUUUGUCACCUAUCCCCCUUCCCCAUCAUCAUGUUUUCUUGUUUUGCUGCGUUCCAUCAUUCAUGCAAUAAAUCUUGCACCACCUGU